AUGCAAUGGGCAAUGCCAAAUGAAAACUCGAAGCCCUCUGUGAAUUGUGCUAAAUUGAAUGGUAGUCCCAUGAACGAAAUACAGAAAUCAAUGUCAAUGACAUCUUUUGUCCCUCAAAAUGAUAAUGGAGAAACAGACAAUUGCAACGACAAUUUGGUAGAUGAGGAGCCUGAUGAGUCUACACAAGAAUAUUUGAAGGAUAACGAUAGGGAUAAUCAACAGCGGGAAAAUGAUACAACUUGGACAAAAUUAAUGGAGUUAAAUCAAAGGAGGUUAAAUAUUAAUCAAAAAUUCAGAAACGAGUGCUCAUGUAUAAAGCCACUAGAAUUUGAAUCGUAUUACGAAUUUUUCAUACUCGCCACUUUUCAAAAAGGCAUAUCAGCAAGUGGACAUGUAGACAUUAAUUCUUUGAGAACGAAUCAUGGUAAAAUUCGUAGAAGAGCUAAAAGAGGUAUUGAAACAUUUACCAGAGAACCAAUUGAAUCAUCAGGAUCAUCAUCCGAAUCAUCCGAAUCAGAAGAACUGAUUUAUAACGAGCCUUCAAAGAAACGUCGACAUAAUAAUUCAGAAAUUAUCGAUGGAAAUUCACCAAACGAAAAACAACUUUUAAUAUCACAACUGGAUGAGAUUAACGGUAAUAUUUGCGCUGCAAGCAUCAUGCCAAAGUCGGAAUUAGAUGGAAAUAUCAGGAGAUCUACCAGAUUAUCAACUAGAAGCACCACAGAAGCGCCCGAUACCAACAGCGCUACCAACGGCGCUACAGAUUCACAGGGAAACGUAACAGAAAUUAGAGAACUUUACGAGUCUGUGAUCCCCAAAGUCAGAAAUCCAUACAGAAGAUCAGAUUGGAUCUUACCGCCUCGAUUGAGGUUCACGCCAGACAAAAGAAUGAGAACAAAUGUUAUUUACGAAAAAGUUAAACUCAAUGAAUUGGUAUCAAUUGAUAAGAUACAAAGAGUGCUUUCUAAAUUCGAAGGUGGUAUAACAGGCAUCAGGAAAAAGACAUGGAAUAUUUAA